CGACAACUAAUCUUUAAUACAUUGUGUGUUUGGUUUUACUUUAGGUCUUCAUAUACCUUCUCUUCAACAUAGAACUCUUGGUGGUAUUGAUCUGGGCCUGCACGUAGCUGCUGGCGUACUACGCGCUGUUCUGCUGCGGCUUUCGGUUGUCUUUGACGAAGCGACGCGCUUGCUUCUGGAUAAGCUCGGCUGAAGCCACCGCACAGGUCUGGAUGUCCGCCUCAAUAUCUGUGCCUUGUCCGCCCGCAACCUGCGCUUCUCGAAGUAAUGGCCAUUGAGAUACUUCGUCUGAUGCUCGCCCAGCUCCACGUUGACGGCCAGGUGUUUGAGGUACGUCGACGGCUUGAUCGCGGACUCGUCACUCGCGACCCGCUUGGUCUCUCCCUCGAGGAUCGUCACAGUGCACCUCGGGCGCUUGGACGUCGUGUCGCCGACCACCUCGACAACCACAGCGCCGUCACCCACGAUGAACAUGCAGUGUAGCCAGCGUUUCUAAUGUCGCGCUGUGCGCCCGCGGGGUAAUAGUACUACUUGCUCUUCAUGAGCACGAGCACGUCAGUGCCAUCCUUGGCCGUGAGGACGGCCGUCAACGCCUAAGCCACGCUUGAGUAUGCCGCGCAG